CUUGUGUCAUGACUAGUUCGUCGUUCAUUCGGAGCGAUGACCUCUAAAGGAAGCGGGACAAUGGAGGUGGCGGCGCUCGGACGGCCUUUCAGCCUCGGGAUGUUGUACGACUGCCGCAACGACUCUCUCGUCCCUGGAAUCACUUUGUGGGACUGUGAUGACCUUAACAAUCAUAUUAGAGAAAGACCACAGCAUUAUAAUGAUUGUGAUAUAGUUGCAUCUGAAUCAAUUGAGGACAAAUCUUCAGCACUAAAUGUUGAAGCAUCACUGAAGGUAAGUUUCUUGGGUGGACUGGUAAAGGUUGGUGGAUCAGCCAAAUACCUGAACGAUAGCAAGACUUCCAAAGAUCAUGUUAGAGUAACACUGAAUUACCAAGCUACCACAAAGUUCCAAGAACUGUCCAUGAAUCAUCUUGGGGAUGUUAAGAAACAUCAGUUUGUGUUUGAGAAAGGAAUAGCAACACAUGUAGUCACAGGUAUCCUUUAUGGGGCACAAGCCUUCUUUGUCUUUGACCGUGAGGUGUCUGUCAACGAGAACCAUCGAGACAUUCAGGGCAACUUGAAGGUGAUGAUCAAGAACAUUAGCUCCCUUUCAAUAGAUGGUAAAGGCUCGCUGAAAAUGGAAGACAAGGACAAAGCAAAUGUUGAGAAAUUCUCCUGCAGAUUCUUUGGAGACUUUUUGAUUCAGAAACCUCCGACAUCCUUUCAGGAGGCAGUAGAGGUGUACCAAAGUCUGCCAAAGCUGCUGGGAGCCAACAGGGAAAACGCAGUACCAGUGAAGCUGUUGCCUCUGACAUGUUUAGAUUCUACUGCCGCUAAACUUGUCCGUCAGAUAAGUAUAGGAUUAGUUGAAGAAUGUCAGAGUGUCCUGGAGGACUUCAGUGACCUGGAGAUGAGGUUCAAUGAUGCACUGAGAACCCAAACUGCACAGCAGUUCCCACAGAUUGGAGAAAAACUCAAAACCUUUAAACAGAAGUGCUCUCAGUUCAAACUGGAAUUCCAACGAACCCUGGCAAAGAAACUUCCAUCAAUCCGAGGAGGAGGAGAAGAAGAAGCUGUGCUCGCAGAGGAACUGAGGAAGACAUGUUCUUCUCCUUUCAACAGCAAGGACCUGAACGAGUGGAUGGACUGUAAGGAGAGAGAAAUCUACACCGUGAUGUCUCUGACCGACAUGAUGACAAACACCAAGAUCAUCUCAUCUCAAACAGACCUGGACAAAGAAAGCUUCAAAGCAGAGCAGGCUGUGUGUUUUGUCUUCACCUCGCUGGGAAGAGAUGAACCGUACCUCUCAACUUUAUCAAACUACCUUAAACAAACACCCAAACCAGAUGAUGCCCAAGAUCCACACCCUCCAGAUCAAUGGUACAACUCAAGAGAAGAAUGGGGAGCAAUGCGGCAUAAAGCAAAGCUCUUCAGUGAUUUUGCAGAGGCCAAAAAGGAGAACAAGAACAUCACAUUUCUGACGGUGGGUUUAACAAACGAGACACAGAAAGGUGCCAGCAUCUACCUUUAUACAGACGGCCUUUCUGUCAAUGAGAACUUUGAGCCGCCUUCAAAGCCUGCAACAGUAACAGGAAGUGAUAUAAACCACAGCAGUGUGACGCUGAACAUUUCUCCACCCAGAUUUGGAGCAGAGGACAUCACCUCCUACUCUGUUGAGUACUGUGUCAGAGGAGAGGACGGCUGGAAACAAGAGACAGCAUCCAGAGCUGAAGAAGUCACAGUGAGCGGCCUGAGUCCUAACACAGAGUACAGGUUCAGAUGCAGGGCAGAGACACCAGUAGGUGCCGGGCCAGCCAAUGAAGUCAGUGGAUCCAUUCAAACCUUACCCUGCAGCCCUCCUGGAAAACUCCACGUUGAAUCUACCUCAGGUGAGAUAUCAGUCAGCUGGGAGAAACCUGCUGAGCUCGGACAAGAUGUCCACGUUUUGAGCUACAUCGUGGAGUACGCCGAACCAGACCAACAGGUGAAAGAGGAAGAUCUCCACUGGGAGCAAAAUAUGGUGGGAGCUGAGAAGGCGAUCAUUUCAGGACUUCAGCCAGAGACAGAAUACGCUGUCAGGGUCAGGUGUGAUUGUGGUGCAGCUGGAAGAAGCAAAGAAAGCAUCGCUGUUAAUGUCCGCACAACAACACCUGCAUAUCUUAAAGAAUUCCUCAAAAGUAAAAGCAAAAUCAUCAAUACUGAAUCUCCCUCAGUUUACAAACUGCCUCUGACAGAAGAAGACAUGGACGUUGAUGGAUGCCGGAGGUACAACUUUGGCAAAGACAGCAUGAGGCAAAAUCGUACAAUAAUGCUUCUCGGAGCAACUGGAUCUGGAAAGUCCACUCUGAUCAAUGGACUCAUCAACUACAUCGUUGGUAUAGAGUGGAAGGACGAUUUCAGAUUCAAGUUAGUUGACGAGGAUCAGUCGAGAUCUCAAGCUGAGAGCCAGACCUCUGAAGUCACUGUGUACAAAAUCAACCACCAAGAGGGCUUUAAAACCCCUUUCUCUCUGACCAUUGUUGAUACUCCAGGCUUUAGAGAUACAAGAGGAAUAAAAAGAGACGAGGAGAUCAAACAACAGCUUCUUAAUCUCUUCUCUGCUGAGCGUGGCAUCAGUGAAAUUGACGCUGUGUGUUUUGUAGUUCAGGCUUCUUUAGCUCGGCUCACACCAAGACAGGAGUAUGUGUUUGAUUCUGUGCUCUCAAUCUUUGGCAAAGAUGUGAAAGAGAACAUCCAGGUUCUGGUGACAUUCGCAGACGGCCAACGCCCACCAGUUCUAGAGGCGAUCAAAGCUUCAGGCGUCCCAUGUCCUAAAACAGAAGACGGGCUGCCAGUUCACUUCAAAUUCAAUAAUUCUGCCUUGUUUGCACAGAACCAAUCAUCUGCUGCUGCUGACUCCAGUGGAGAGGAGGAAGAGGGAGGCUUUGAAAAGAUGUUCUGGAAAAUGGUGGCAGAAAGCAUGAAGACGUUCUUUGUUGCUUUAAAUAAGCUAACAACCAAAAGCUUGACAUUGACAAAGGAAGUCCUCAGAGAAAGAAAGCAGCUCCAGAUCUCAAUGGAAAAUGUGCAGAAGCAGGUUAAAGUAGGGUUAGCCAAGAUUGAGGAGAUAAACAAGACAUCUGAACAACUUAAACUGCAUGACGCAGAGUGCAGCAGAAAUGCAAAAUGUGAGUUUGAAGUAGUUGUCACAAGGCCUUUUAAAGUAGAUAUAUCUGGCACUGGGACGUUCGACACCAACUGUCAGCUGUGUCAUUUCACCUGUCACACAGAAUGUCCAUAUGCCAAUGAUGCAGAUAAAAGGAAGUGUCCUGCAAUGGGACCAGAUGGAAACUGUACCCAGUGUCCAGACAAAUGUCAUUGGAGUAAACAUUUUAACCAGAAGUACAGAUGGGAGUAUAAGGAGGUUAAAGAAAAGCAAACCGUGCAGGAGCUGAAAGAAAAGUACCUGAAGGCCUCAAAGGCUAAGGGAACUGUUCAGGAAGUGAUCGCUCAUAUGAAGGCUGAAUAUCAGCGUCUUCAGGCUGAAGUGAGGGAGAUCAUGAAGAGGUCUGCUGAGUGUCUGAAGAGACUAGGAGAGAUCGCACUGAAGCCAAAUCCUCUCUCCACUCCAGAGUACAUUGACCUGCUCAUUGAGGGAGAGAAAUCUGAGGCCAAGUUAGGCUGGAAGCAACGAGUCGAGUACCUGAUGGAGGUGAGAGGACAAGCAGAGCUCAUGGCUAAAGUAAGGAGAGGAGAAAACCUGCUUUAAAGUGAAGAAUCUCUAACCAAGGGAGAAUUAAGACCAGUGCCAACUUAGACCAAGACAAAGAGCUGAAAGCAAUAGGCUCAAGCCAUGAUAAUGACCCAGACAUUUUAAUGACUAUAGAUAGCCAAGGGUUGGGACCAAUAAAGGACCAUGUCGUACUUUAUUUGCUUACACAUCGUGUUUUAACUUUAUUUGUCUAAAUCACCAUGGUUUCAAUUUUGUAAACUAACUUCUUACAGCAAAGAUGUUUUAUGAAUGUUGAUGAAUCUAAAAAGUAAUCCUUGAAAGAAAUGCUGAAUAAGAGAUUGACCUGAGUUUUAGAAGCCAGAGGAACAGAAGAGUUAAGUCAGGAUAUUUUGUGUCUACGAACGACAUGUGUGAUUUUGUUGUUGAUUUUUGAUGCUGUGUUGUAACGCCAAAGUAAUGUUGUUCAAGCCAUGUCAAUAAAAUGGAAAGAGUUUGAAGCCUAAUCUUUCCUCCAAUCAGAGUCCAUUGCUUGCUGAAUGAGAGAAGCCUGAGGCCAGGUUGGGCUCAAAGAGUUCAGUACCUGCUAAUCAUGAGAGAAAAACUGAGUCUCGACACUUGAGAGACUGAGAAUUCAAUAUGUUUGCCACAUUUUAUUUGAUAUGUUUAAACAAUUGUAUUUCUGCAGAAGUUAUGUGAUAUUUUUGUCAGGUUCACCAAACAGGAGAUAACAGAUGAACCAUGUUUGUGGGAACACAUUUUGUGCAUGGACAGUUCAUUGUGCAGUGUUUUUCCCCUGUUAGGAUCAUUUACAUAUUUCAUGUAUGCAGUUUACAUUGCUCAAUAAAUUACAUUUAGCUGACGAUUUGAUCAAUAA